UGUCCAGCAUAGAAAGUGAGUGGACUUGCCAGUGGCGGGCACCCCCACUGUGGACGGGAGGACUUGCCCACUCCACCAUGGGCUGGCUUUUUCUAAAGGUUUUGUUGGUGGGCUUGAGUUCCUUGGGAUGUCUUUAUCCUCUGGUAGAUUUUGGCUCCCAAGGGAAAGCGGGAGGCCAGAAACCAAAUUUUGUGAUCAUUUUGGCAGAUGACAUGGGGUGGGGCGACCUAGGAGCAAACUGGGCAGAAACAAAGGACACUACCAACCUGGAUAAGAUGGCUGCAGAAGGAAUGAGAUUUGUGGACUUCCACGCAGCUGCCUCCACUUGCUCCCCGUCCCGGGCCUCUCUGCUCACGGGCCGGCUGGGCCUUCGGAAUGGAGUCACACACAACUUUGCAGUCACCUCUGUGGGGGGCCUGCCGCUGAACGAGACCACCUUGGCCGAGGUGCUGCAGCAGGCUGGCUAUCUCACCGGGAUGAUAGGUAAAUGGCAUCUCGGGCACCAUGGCGCUCAUCACCCCAACUUUCGUGGUUUUGAUUACUACUUUGGAAUUCCAUACAGCCACGACAUGGGCUGCACCGAUUCUCCAGGCUACAACCACCCUCCCUGCCCAGCCUGUCCACGGGGCGCUGGACCGUCCAGGCGCCCCGGGAGAGACUGUUACACCGACGUGGCGCUCCCUCUGUACGAAAACCUCGACAUUGUGGAGCAGCCUGUGAACCUGAGCAGCCUCACACAGAAGUACUCCGAGAAAGCCACCUGGUUCAUCCAGCGUGCCAGCACCAGCGGAAGGCCUUUCCUGCUCUACAUGGGCUUGGCCCACAUGCACGUGCCCUUGUCCAGGACCCAGCGCUCAGCCGACGCCCGGGGGGCCGCCCCGUACCGUGCAAGUCUCCGGGAGAUGGACAACCUGGUCGGCCAGAUCAAGGAUGAAGUUGACCGCACAGCAAAAGAAAACACAUUCCUCUGGUUUACAGGAGACAAUGGCCCCUGGGCACAGAAGUGUGAGCUGGCAGGCAGCACAGGUCCCUUCUCUGGAUCAUGGCAAACUCGUCAAGUGUGCUGGACAUCUUCCCCACGGUGCUGGCCCUGGCCGGGGCUGCCUUGCCGCCAGGACGGAGCUUUGACGGCCUGGAUGCUUCUGCCGUGCUCCUUGGCAAGUCGCAGACUGGGCACCAGGUGCUGUUUCACCCCAACAGCGGGGCGGCCGGGGAGUACGGAGCACUCCAGACUGUCCGUCUGGAGCGCUACAAGGCCUUCUACAUCACCGGCGGAGCCCAGGCCUGCGAUGGCCGCACUGGACCCGAGCAGCUCCAGGACCCUCCCCUCAUCUUUAACCUGGAAGAUGACGGCGCUGAAGCGGAGCCUCUGGACAGGGGUGGCGCCGAGUACCGGGGGGUGCUGCCCCGGGUCAGACAGGCUCUCGCGGAUGUCCUGCGGGACGUGGCUGGCGACCGCACCUCCAGGGCCGAUUACACCCGGGCCCCUUCAGCCACGCCCUGCUGCAACCCCCACCGGGCUGCCUGCCGCUGCCAGAGCGGCCCCUGGGCCUGACUUCCCCGCGGGAACGUCCGGACGCGGCAUGGGGCGAGUUGGCGCCAAGACGUGGUUUUACCCUCUCUGCAGUUCGUGCUCAGAAACAAGGCACAGGGUUGGGGUUUGACCCUUCGGGCCAUUGGCUCGCUGGCUGUGGGGCGGCUCCUGGGCUUUGGGGUAAGACAGGUGCAAGCCCCAGCUUUUGCACGUGGGGGAUUAUUUGGGCCACCCUGCAGCCUGCUCUGGGCCUCGGUCCUGAGGCCCCACAGGCAGUCCACGCAUGUGCCUGGCUCGCUGUGUGCGGUCUGGUGCUGCGCCCCCUGGUUUUGUGGGUCAAGUCACCACAGGUUCAUCCUAACCGGUGUCUGCUGGGCAUUCUCCCUGCAGACUAUGCCCGGGACCGCCAGGGGCUGUGCCAGUGCAGAAUGGGAGUCAGGAGAUCUGGCUGGGGUCUGAGCUCUGUUUCUCCGAGUCCUAUGGGGUGCUGCAUGGGUGUACAUGGCACAAAAUUAAGCCUGUCAUGAAGUCUCAGAGAAGAACCUGCAGUAAGUCUAUGGUUCUAACUGCUUAUCCCUAGCCCCCCUUAAAAAAAUAAAAAAAAAUUCUGGGCCCUCCCUGGUGGCGCAGCAGGUAAGGAUGCAGCACUGCAA